UUAUCAGUUCGUCUGUUUAUCUCUUAGUGUUGAGUCGUGUUCAGUGAAAAUGUGGAAUAAAUAUACAUUGCUUGCUAAAAGGCUAAACUAUAUUGGAAUUAACAGAUGGGCUCGCCAGAUCCAGUCAGUGGCCGGUCAGAGCUACCUCCACAACCCGGGGUCUGAGCCGCUGGUGGACGACACCCUGGGCGAAAUCCUCUACCAGGCCGCCAACAGGCACCCGGACAGAAUCGCCGUCACAUCCCUGCACGAGGAUGUCUCGAUGACGUAUGGAGAGCUGUUGCGACAGGCUGAUUCACUUGGUUGCGCUCUUCGGGCUCAGGGUUUAGAGAAAGGUGACAGGGUGGGAGUAUGGACACAUAACAACACAGCCUGGAUUGUGGCUGUGGUUGCUGCGGCCAGAGCUGGUCUUAUCUCUGUUCUCAUUAAUCCAGUAUAUGAAAAGAGCGAGCUUAGUUACUGUCUCAAUAAGACACAGAUAAAGAGCUUGCUCAUCGGAGAAGGAUUGCCCAACAGAAAUUACUACGGAACCCUCUCACAAGUCAUACCUGAAAUACAGAACAGCUCUCCUGGAUCUUUGAAGUCUGCUAAAGUUCCGAGUUUGACCUCUAUUAUUACUGCAGGAAGUCACAAAUUGGCAGGAGCAAUUCGGCUAGACUCGCUGACAGGUGGUUCUGGCAGCCAGAUAUCUCGGUAUGGCAGUGAGGUGAAGUCCAGUGAUGGCUGCAUCAUACACUUCACGUCCGGUACCACUGGAGACCCAAAAGCAGCUUUGGAUUCCCACAAGGGCGUAGUAAACAACACGUACUUUAUCGGCAAGAGAAUGACGUUCCAUGAAGGAAGACAUAAUAUUUGUGUGCAGGUGCCUCUGUUCCACGCUCUCGGUUCCGUAGCGACCGUCCACGCCGGGCUGAGGCACGGCUGCACGCUGGUACUGCCGUCCCCGACCUAUGACAUCAAUGCUAAUAUUAAAGCUAUGUUUUCCGAAAAAUGCACAGUUAUCACAGGCACUCCGACAAUGUUUGUGGACAUGCUGGCCAAAGUGAAGACUAUGGGUGAGGUGCCGUCAAAGCUGCGCGUGGCGCUGGCCGCCGGUGCGCCCUGCAGCCCACAGCUCAUCCGAGACCUCGAGAAGUACCUCAAGACAGAAUCUGUCAAGGGUCUAUACGGCAUGACGGAGACGACUGCUAGCGUGUUCCAAAGCAUCGCUGGUGACAGCACAGACUUGGUAGCAGAAACAGUUGGCUACAUACAGGACCACGUUGAAGUCAAGGUGGUGGACGAGGACAACAAUAUGGUACCGUUUGGAAGCCCCGGCGAGCUGGUGGUGCGGGGCUACAACACCAUGAUCUGCUACUGGGACGAGCCGGAGAAGACUCGACAGACUAUCAGCGAGGAUGGCUGGCUUAAAACUGGGGAUAAAUUUACAAUCAGUGAGGAUGGGUACGGUCGUAUUGUGGGUCGUCUGAAGGACAUUAUUAUACGAGGAGGGGAAAAUAUUGCGCCAAAGGAGAUCGAAGACUUACUGAACACUCACCCUGAUAUUAUCGAAAGCCAGGUCAUCGGAGUGCCCGACGAGAGGUUAGGAGAGGACCUAUGUGCCGUCCUCAGAGUCAAAGAAGGUGCUACAGUUACAGUAGAGGACAUUAAAAACCUUUGUACUGGUCAACUCGCGAGGUUCAAGAUUCCACGACAGUUGAAGAUCACCCAAGAGUUCCCCAAGACAGCUUCGGGCAAAAUACAAAAGUAUCAGCUUAGGAAUUUAGUUGUAUCCGGAAAGUUGUAGUGUAAUAAAGUUUUUAUUUAUUUUGUA